AUGCUCAGGGAGGGCCUCGAUGUGAACUCGCUUGGUGUCGAGAGCCCGUCCCCCAUGAAUCGCAGCUUCACAUCGCAAUCGACGUCUUCGAAUCACAACACACCGACAGCGACUCCUGUGAACCGUGCCAUCUCGAGGGUUGCGCUCCAACCGCCGACACCGGUCAUCGUGCCCCCAACGCCUUCGCCACCAGGGCCGUCAAACGGGGGUACCAACAGCAAUAAUGGUGGCACCACUACGGGAAGUGGGAGUGGGAAUGUGGGACGGCUAAAUCCUGCAUCCCCGUUGUCGAUGUCGGUAGGGCCGUCUCCUUCAUCGUCCUCGCAUGAUUUGGUUGGGGAGGCGGAGGAGGCGGAGAGGCAGACGAACAGACGGUCGAUGUAUCGCUCUCCCGGCACGUCGAGCAGCCCGGAUCUGGCGACGCUGUUACGGAAGGCCAAGGAACGUGGAGGGGCUAUGGUGGGGCAGAGUAGCGGGAGUGGGUCGAGCAGGAGGGAGAAGCGACGCGACCAGGAGCCGCCGCCACCGUUGCCUGACAAUGGGCUGCGCAAGACGUCCUCGACGUCCCCCCACCCGCCAUCGUCUUAUUCGCUUUCGUCGGACAAGAUGCGGACGGCAUCCAGUCCCGACUGGGUCCUCACCGGCAGUCCGAAACAGCACAAGGAGAAUGGAACUAUCAAGGCGCCAAAAUCGUCGGUGCGGGCCAAGACGAGUGCACUCUGGGGUAAAAUGAUGGGGCAGAGCACCGUUAGGGAACGAUCAAAAACAGAUGCUGGGCUCCACCCAUCCUCUGCUGGCCAGUUGUCGCAAUCAUCUUCCUCCAAUCUCAUGAAUGCAUUUGCACCCCCUGUCCCACCUAUACCUGUUGAACACCGUCCUACUCCUACUCCGUCAGCGUCAACGUCACCCAUAGCAGACGUCUUUUCCUCGUCCUCUUCACUUCGUCCAGUUGUCCCUGACAACAAGCCCUUACCUGCGAUCGUCCAUUCCCCGACGAAGGCGCGCGACAUCGAAGAUAUCGACGACCGGUCCAUCGUUUUUGUCGAGAAAAUGUCACCUCUGCCUGCACUCCCUCCUCCCUCGCCCACGGCACCCGCUGCUAAUGCGACCAAACGGAGAAGCAUGAGCGUCAGCGAUGCAGACCUGCGGGCGAUCAUGACCUCUGCCUCCUCUCCUACAAUUCGUCCCCUCCCACGCCCGCCCCAAACCCCUGAAGCGCGACGGACGAAGGAGGCUGUGGCUCCGCAGACAGAGACGUUACCUGGGUUUUUGGAUGUAUUCAAAGGUGAACUUUCUUCACUAGAACCCCUCUCGAGUCCGACGUUGGACCUGCGGGAUCCAUCUACUCCGGCUCGCCAAGCUAGUUAUCGAGCAAAGGCUAACGGCAUCGUUUUAUCCCCUCGUGACCCUCAAGGUGAACGAGCAGACGACAAAAAAUCUCCUUCGAUAUCGUCGGUCGCGGAUCCGUUUGCUAGCAGCAGCCCUGGUCCAUCAAGGCCUUCUGUUUCUUCUGUUCACGAUGACUCUGCGAUUGUUCCUCCUCGCACCUCCUCGCUGCAAUCUCCGGCUCGAUACUCGUUAGGCUCAAGCAACAUACACGCACCUAGCUCGAGGCAAUUGACACCCUUGAGAUCGAGAAGUGGCCCCUCGUCCGGAUUGGUUGCCCAAAGCCAAAGUCCACGCGAGGCGAAUCGGCUACGAGUACUUCAUCGUUCCACUGCCUCAAGCUCGGAGCCAUCACUCAUUGCUACCGCUGAAGACGCUCGUGUGUUGUCGCCCCACCGAAGAGGUUCCCAACAGGAUAUAUACACCCCGGAAUCCUUGCAGUUCUCGACCUCACCAUCACCGAAUAUUGAAGAGUCUGGAGACAUGGAGACUCGCGCGAAAGAACUGGCGACACGGUGUUGGAAUGAAGAUGAGGAGUUUUUGGCCAAGGAAAAGAUCUGCGAGUGGUUGGGCGGACAGGGCCAAAUCAACAAGGCUGCUCUGCGGCAUUAUAUUGAUUUCUUCGACUUCGCAGGCCUUCGGUUAGAUCUUGCUUUUAGACGUCUCUGCGGAAAGCUGUACUUGAAGGCCGAAACACAACAGGUCGAUCGCUUGCUAGAGCAAUUUAGUCGUCGUUAUUGGGAUUGCAAUCCAGGCAAUCUAUAUGGCAGUGCCAACAUCGUUCACGCGGUUUCAUAUUCGCUGUUGCUACUCAAUACGGAUCUCCAUGUCGCUGAGUUGGUUUCUCGAAUGUCGCGAAGUCAGUUCGUGCGGAACACCAUGACAGCCAUUCAGAUGCAACUUCAACCAAAUUCACCGAUGACGGCCGCUCGCCUCUCAAGUUCUGACCUCACUUACGAUGAUUGUAGUAGCAGCGUUCGGGCGGGCUCUGACGAAACGGAAAUGAUGACCAGAUCGAAACGUAGCGACAGCAUUGCUAGCUGGAAUAGCCUUUCCAAGGAGGCGAUUAUGUCGCUUCCUGUGUCGCCGAACCAUGCCCCAAAUAGUAGCAUUGGAGCUAGUCAACCGAACGGCAGCACGCCUUCACUUCAGAUCUCGAAUGGGCACGAGCAGUCAAUGUCGAAUCGCGCUCAACAUGGUCGAGCAUGGGAAAGUGAUAUGGAAAGCUUGCUCAAGGAAAUGUACAAUGCGAUCAAGCAUCAACAGAUCCUUCAACCUAUCAACUCCAGCUUGACCCGUCCCUCUGUUUCUUCGCUGAGUCCGGGAGGCAAUGGCAUGAUGCGGAAUCGAAGCUUGCGUACCGGACAGCCAGAUCGAUUAACAACUCUCAAACGAGGAAGCAUUCGCGGUUUGCAAUCCAUUUUGAGUUCGCAGUCUGGAAUCAGCCCGUACAGCAGCAAUAGUAGCAUUGAUGGACGCGUCAGCCCUUCUCCGAGCUUUGCAACGUCCACGCACGAAGCGAUGUAUGGUUCAAGCUCUUCCUUCCUAAACCCCACACUUGGAUUCGCUUCGAACUUGUCCCAUACCAUCAUUCGAGAGGCCCAAGAGGACGACGAUCGUAGUGUGCAUAGUAUAGGGUCGACAUCCACAACGAUCAGUAUCUCCGACGAGGAGUUGGCCUUGCUUGGCGCGCCAUGGGCGAAGGAGGGCAUGCUAUGUCGUAAGCAGUACUGGGAAUCCGCUAAUAAGCGGGCCAAAGACAAGUCGUGGAUGGAUGUGUUCGUCGUCAUCCAGAAAGGAGAGCUAAAUAUGUUUGUCUUUGGGGAUCAUACGUCUGGCAUGUCUGGGACAUUUGGCGGUGGAAAUUGGCUGGCCAACGCACAACCUGUUGGAACGAUCCAGCUGGCCCAUUCCCUCGCACACGCGCUGCCUCCUCCUGGUUACAACAAGCGACCUCAUUGCAUGGUCCUCACUCUUGCCAACCGGGGUGUCUACUUCUUCCAGGCCGGUACGGAAGAGCUGGUAAACGAAUGGGUGUCGACCUGUAACUAUUGGGCAGCAAGGACAAGCAAGGAGCCACUAGCAGGCGGUGUCUCGAACAUGGAAUACGGCUGGAACAGAGUCGUCGACAUGUACGGUCAUGGACGGUCUCGGUCGCAGACUGAGUUGCAUAGAGAACCAGAUUUACCGGAUUCGGUCAGUGUCCGCAGCGGUAAGAGUACGCGGAGCAAGUACGGGUGGAAAGAGGGGGCUGCUACCGUCCGUGGAGGCUUUUCACCGCGAACUGACAAGACGUUCAUCAACGACUGGAAACCGCCUAUGCCACCGACCGUCGCAAGCGUUCAUGACGAAGAGACGCAACUGGAAGCUUUGAAGAAACAUGUCGAUUCCUUGAAGCGAGAGUUGGAGGUGCACAAUGAGCUUCGUGAACCUAUGGCGGCAUUGUACCUCCAUCGGUCGCCAAAUGGUAUGAAAGCUCAAAGUAAUUGGGAAGAAAAGUCCCAGUAUCUUCUCCGGGAAAUUGUCAAGUAUGAUCUAUACAUCGACUCUCUGCAAGCAGCCAUGGCUUUGCGUCUGAAGAAGCGUGGCGAAAAAGCCCUAGAACAUGCUCUCAGCAAUUCUCACCCCACCGACGACCCGCUGACGGGUUCGAAGAAAUGGAAGGGCCCAGAAGAACUUCCAAUCACUGAAGAACCGGAGCCAGUCACUCCGAACGCUCGACAACGCUUCCAACCUUCCCAUCAGAGAGACGCUGCUGAAGACGACGAUGCAUGA